ACCACGAAUGGCGAACAAAAAGUGCUCCAACUAGUUUUUAUCUAAACCUAAAAAGCUAUUUAAAGUGUGAAUGAAUGCAGGAUGGAUUCUGUUCUGAUAGAAUCGCUGAACCGUGAAUAGUAGACAUUGUGGAGGACAACAUGAGAGUAAUUUUCAUUAAUCUUUUCCUGCUAUGGAUUUUUGCGGCGGUAGGAUCAAUUCCCUUAAACUACCAAAAUUCACCGAUGAUUAUCGUGGAAGUUCAAGGACCGGAAAACCACAGGGUUGCUCGGAAGGCAGAAAGUGUAUAUCCUUACAAUACUUCAGGAAAAACUCCAGCAGGAAUCAGUUAUGUGAAAACAGAUUUCAAUAGAAAAAUUCGAGGAGCUCGAUUACAUGUGGCUGACGGGGCUUAUCCUGUAUAUUACACACCUGGAAUUGCCAAUGGACGCUUUGGAGCCAAGAUCUUUACAUUGAAUUAAAUUAGUUAUUUGUGAUUGUGAAGUUCAAAAGUUCAAAAAGUAUGUGGAGUAGAUUGUGCAAUAUAGAUAAAGAAAUAUUGUGAUAGGAAUAUUUAAUGGUGCUUACUUUUAUGAAAAAUAAAUAAAUAAUUUUUUAAGAAU